UCAGUCGACCUUUGCAGCUCAAACAGUCCAAAGUGAAAAUGAAGCAGUUCGUCGUUCUAAUGUGCCUAGUGGCCCUCACCGCAGCCGCUCCCCAGGGAUACAAGUACCAGCCCCAGCUGCCCGCCCUGCCCAUCGGCAACCUCCGUCCGCAGACACCCCUCUCGCCCAGUGGAAUAUACGCAGGGGCCGGCAUCCCGGCCCUCUCGCAGAUCAGUGUCCAGGCCCAGCAGCCAGCCAUUCAAUCUGUGCAGAACAUCGUCUCCGCCCCUGCUCCUGCUCCUGCUCCUGCUCCCUUGCCCCUCGCCCUGCCCCAGCAGACCCUGAUCAGUGCCCUGCCCCAGCAGAACCUGAUCAGCACUGUGCAGCAGCAGCAGCCCCAGCAGAUCGUCUACCAGCAGCAGCCGCAGCUUCAGCAGCUUCAGCAGCCGCAGCAAAUCCUGCAGACCCAGUACGUGCAACGGCCUGCGAUCGUCACGAAGGACAUCUACAUCCACUCUGCACCCGAGGAGACGGAGGAGCUGCGGCAGGACGAGCCCCAGCUGGAGAGCGUGCCCAUCCGCAAGAACUACCGCAUCGUGUUCAUCAAGGCGCCGUCCCAGAACCUGAAGUACACCGCCGCCGCUCUGAAGCGGGCCCAGUCCAGCAACGAGGAGAAGACCGUCAUCUACGUGCUCUCCAAGAAGCCCGACCUCACCGAGAUCCAGCAGCAGCUGCAGGUCACCCAGUCCGAGGCCAAGGUGCACAAGCCCGAGGUGUACUUCAUCAAGUACAAGACCCAGGAGGAGGCCCAGCGCGCCCAGCAGGAGAUCCAGGCCCAGUACGAUGCCCUGGGAGGCGCCACCCACAUCUCGGACGAGGGCGUGGCCCCCAUCACCAGCGUCUCGAGUGGCGCCCUCAACCUGGGCAGCUUUGCGCCCCAGCAGCAGGCCCAGGUGACCACCAUCAGCCAGCCCCAGGCGCAGUCCAUCGUGCAGCUGCCGGUCGUGAGCCAGGGAAUCCAGCAGCAGAGCUCCUUUGUCCAGCAGACCUCCUCGUUUGUGCCCUCCGUGCCAUCCAGGAAGUACGUGCCGGCCAAGACUUUCAAAUAGGGCGUAUCUAGUCCCCAUACUAUCGCCUUCAUUUUUCAACCACCCUAUUGUAGCUCAUUUUAAUUUAUUGUAAAUGCGAGUGCCGACAGAAAUAAAGAAACAUUUUAAUCCAAAA